CCGCACGUUACGGACAUGACGUCAACGCGCUGCAAUUCAAACUUCAGGAAACGAAAGCGUCUGGUUAGUAAACGGUCUUGUUGUCACAAACAGACUACAGAGCAUAACCUCAAUUUGCUUCUUUCUCUCCACCAGAUUCACAGCCUCAACACAGACGAGUCAGCUAUGACAUCUAAAGGUGCCAAAGAAACCAUCGCCAGCAAGCUGGGUUUCAAAUCCGGCAGCUCUGCCUGCUCCAAGACUGAGGCGGAGCUGGAGAAAAUCAGGAAGGAGAAUGCUCACCUGAGGAGAAAGAUAGAUGAACUGGCCAAACGACACAUUAAACCACCCGACUCAGACAAAAGCAAGCUGCUGGAGAGGAUUCUUUCCCUGGAGACGUUGCGGGAGAGGAACAACCAGCAAUUGCUGGUUAAAGAACAGGAACUAGAAACUUUGAGACAGCAGCUGUCAGCUAGAGGAGGAGAGGUGGUAGCGUCCCUGCAGGCCCAGCUGGAGCAGCGCAGGAAGGAGGCAGAGCAGAGAGAUGUGAUGUUCCAGAGCUUGUCACAGGAGACAGAGAACCUGAAAAACAAGCUGGUCACUGUUUCUGCCCGCUGCCAGUCCCUGGAGACACAGGUGACGCAGAAUGGACAGGUACCUCCUGCAGACUUGGCACUGGUGCAAGAUCAACUGAGAGAUGCUCUUGAGAAGAACCAGCAGUGGCUGGUUUACGACCAGCAGAGAGAGGCCUACGUCCAGUCUGUCCUUGCCCGCACACUGGAGCUGGAGCAGCAGCUGGCCCAGGCGAAGCAGCAGCAGCAGCAGCAGCAGCAGCAGCAGCAGCAGCAAAGCAAACAAGAGGCUGGUUCAGAUGCUUCUGCCAACCCGGUAGGUCCAGACAAGGAUGCUCAGCUGAAGAGCCAAUAUGACCAGUUGCUGUUGGGGGUGCAGAGAGACCUUGAGAGCCAAAAAGAUCAGGCUACCAGAGCCCAGCAGGAGCUCAAUGUGCAGAAGGAACAGACUUUGAAAGCUCAGACAGAGUUGCAGUCUCAGAAGGAGCAGGUCACCAGGCUCCAGGAGGAGGUUUUAGCACUGCAGAGGAGGUAUGAGGAUAAGUGCAGUGACUUGUCAUCCUUUCUGAGGAGGUACGAAGAAAGGAGCAAAGAGUUGGAGGAGGCCAAGAUGCAGCUGCAGGCCGAACGACUUGGCAACAGACAUGCAGUGAGCGAAGAGAGAAAGGUGUCAUCUGAGCGGGCAGACAGGAUGAGAGUGGAACUGGAGAACAUGGACAUCAGAUUGGAGGAGGAGAGGAAGAGAUCUGCUGAACUUCUGCAGCAGGUAAAUAUGCUGCAGAAAUCUCUUCUGAGCCAAAAUGAAGAACAGAGGAGAAUCGCAGCUCUGGAGCAACAGAUCCAACUCUCUGCCAAGGACUUUGAGAAUGAAAAGAUUGAUCGUCAGACCAUGCAGCACCAGUUACAUAAGGUGCUGAAGGAGCUUCGCAAGGCUCGUGAUCAGAUUGCUAAACUGGAGUCUGCUAAACAGCCAAACGCCCGUUUCUCUGAGCCUAGCUCCUACAACAAGCUUGAGUUUGAACGUCUUACUAUUGAUGACCACCCUGGUCUUACAUCACCAUCUAAAGUCACCAACCUCUUGGAUGAAAGUUUCCUAGAGUGCCCAAAGUGUCGGACCCCCUAUCCCACCAGCCGCCACAGAGAGCUCCUGACGCAUAUUGACUACUGCCUCGCCUAAGCUCAUUCAGAGUCUAGAUCAGUGGUCCUCAGCCUUUUUUAAUACAGAUCUCCAAACAAAAUGCAAAUAAAAAGGGAAUGAGUCAUAAUGUAGUCGAUCAUAAAGACAUGCUGUUAGUGACAAUAAAUAACAAGCAGACAAACUCAGAAGGGUGGGAACCACUGGAUCAAUCCAGGAUAUUUCCAAAAAACCUGAAAGCCAUCAACACGUGGGUUUAGACUAUUUGAUAUGUUCCAAUUUGACUCACAAAACUGAAAGGUGAGUGAAAGGCAUUUUUAGAUUCAUACAGAAAGGCUACUUACAUGGUUGCCGUCCCAUCUUUUUAAGAUUCCAGAAAAGCUGAUUAAACUGCAAAAUUGCUGAGCCCUCAGGCAACGUGAUAAGUUUGAAAUUCAACUCCUGCUGUCAUGAUGAUCACUGGAUACAAACUGAUAACACAUUCAAUAAUCAGACAGCAACAGUCCUGAGCAUGAUUGUGUGUACAGUUACCAUUAGAAACUUUUUUUUUUUUUUUAAACUUACCUCACUGCAGUAGGCUGUGAUGGAUCAUCACUCCGAAUGGUUUGUUGGCCUGAGGUUGUGUUAAGACCCUAAAAGGUGGAAUAAUUUAGUCCUUAGGAAAUACAAGUAAAAUUGAUAUUUUUUUUUAUAUGAAAGGGAAUCAAAGGACAUUCAUAACAUGGCAUGUUUCUUGUCCAAAUCACCUUAAAAGUAUUUAAUAGUGGCAUGAUGGCUUGAUUCAUGUGUUUACACUUUGUACUCCAGUUCUUAUCACCUCAUCAGGCCAGUGAUCAUUUAUUGAAAUAGGCCUAUCAUACUCAAUCCACAUGUUUAUUUCCUGCUUCAUUUUUUUGAGUACAGUCAUGUUUUUUUUCCAGUUUAGAUUUUUAUGAAGCUCUUAGUGAAUUCUGUUUUAUUUUAUGUGUGUGUUUAUUCAAAUUAUUUAUUCUUGGGUUGUUCUAUGAGCGAGCUACUGUCUUUUUAGGUAAUGAAAGCUUUUAUUUUCUUUAAGUAAAUGUAAGCAAUGAUUAUUAUGUAUCACUGUAAUAUUCUGCAUUUAUGAUGGCCUUGUGGGUAUCAUUAUGGGAAAUACCCUAUUGUAUUUUGUAUGAAGGUUUACAAACCUGCCUGAUUCAGUAUGUUCCAUUGAUAAAUCAGCUAUAAAAACACUGUUCCUUCACUCCUAGUUUCAGUAAUCGAUGCUUUCUGUGUAACAUUUUCCUCAGCAUUUGUAAUAUUGAUAGCAAAUUUGCAUUGUUCUGAAGAAAGAAAAACUACCCAUAAGAAGCAACGGUCAUUUGCCAUUUUGACAGUAAUGAAGUGAAGAACAAAUUAAUAGAGAAAAUAUUUCUCUGCUCUGGCUUUUUUAUAUUCUCAGCUACAUUUGUAGUUGCCACAAUUUUGGACAAAACUGUCCAAUUUGUCUGCCAUGUGUUGCUAAUUAUACCCCUUGUGCUGUGCUCCAGUACAAAGUGUAGCAGUGUUUUUCUGUCUUAAGUUGUUGCAAACAGUAGGACAAACCUUGCUGAACCACAUUGACUGUAACCAUGACCAAGAUCUUUUUCUAACCUUAACCACACAGUUUGAUUUGCCUCAACUUAACAGACCAUAAACAUACUGCAUCAGGGAGCUUAAUUGGUCAAAGGUUGCCGGUGAAGUCUUUCUUGUUUGAGUGAAGCUCACUCCCAUCUCCACCCUGACUUUUCGAGCCCGCAGCUCUGUAAGGCUGGAAUGAGAUUGCAUGAGUUAAUUCCUUGUACUAAACUAUUUAAGGCAGGGGAUUAGUGAAGGUUCUCUCAGUAGGGGAAAAGGAGUUAAGGUGCCUUUAUUCCUGUUGCCUUGGCAAUGUGACAGGAUAGACUUAAGACAGACAGACACUGCUAUAUUGUUGUGUUGUUUUACCUUAGUCUUAUAAAAGAAUGCGAUUGGAGAAUCACAUUGUUCUGACCAGGUUUUUCCCAUUUUGCUGUUUUAUCUUUGUUUUAUUCUAAUCAUGUGCUCCAAAGUUGUUUUACAAUGCACUGUGCUGUACAAAAAUGUGCAAUAAAGAUGUAAAUCUCCCUCCAACACAA